AUGCCCACCCCACCUGUCCACACCUCCACCUGUCCCCACCUCCCUAUGUCCCCACCUCUCCAUGACCACCCCACCUGUCCACACCUCCACCUGUCCACACCUCCCUAUGCCCACACCACCUGUCCACACCUCUGUAUGCCCACACCUUCCCAUGUCCACAGCUCCCUAUGUCCACACCUCCCUAUGUCCACACCUCUACCUGCCCACACCUCCCUAUGUCCACACCACCUGUCCACAACUCUGUAUGCCCACACCUUCCCAUGUCCACACCUCCCUAUGUCCACACCUCCCUAUGUCCACACCUCCCUAUGUCCACACCACCUGUCCACACCUCUGUAUGCCCACACCUCCACCUGUCCACACCUCUGUAUGCCCACACCUCCCCAUGUCCACACCUCCCUAUUCCCACACCUCCCUAUGCCCACACCUCCCUAUUCCCACACCUCCCCAUGCCCACACCUCCCUAUGCCCACACCUCCACCUGUCCACACUUCCCUAUGCCCACACCUCCCCAUGCCCACACCUCCACCUGUCCACACCUCCCCAUGCCCACACCUCCCCAUGCCCACACCUCCACCUGUCCACACCUCCCCAUGUCCACACCUCCCUAUGUCCACACCAACUGUCCACACCUCUGUAUGCCCACACCUCCCCAUGUCCACACCUCCCCAUGCCCACACCUCCCUAUGUCCACACCUCCCUAUUCCCCCACCUCCCCAUGCCCACACCUCCACCUGUCCACACCUCCCCAUGUCCACACCUCCCUAUGUCCACACCACCUGUCCACACCUCUGUAUGCCCACACCUCCCCAUGUCCACACCUCCCCAUGCCCACACCUCCCUAUGUCCACACCUCCCUAUUCCCACAACUCCCCAUGUCCACACCUCCCCAUGUCCACACCUCCCUAUGCCCACACCUCCCCAUGCCCACACCUCCACCUGUCCACACCUCCCCAUGCCCACACCUCCCCAUGUCCACACCUCCCCAUGUCCACACCUCCCCAUGUCCACACCUCCCCAUGUCCACACCUCCCCAUGCCCACACCUCCCCAUGCCCACACCUCCACCUGUCCACACCUCCCCAUGCCCACACCUCCACCUGUCCACACCUCCCUAUGUCCACACCUCCCUAUGCCCACACCUCCACCUGUCCACACCUCCCCAUGUCCACACCUCCCUAUGCCCACACCUCCACCUGUCCACACCUCCCCAUGUCCACACCUCCCCAUGCCCACACCUCCCCAUGUCCACACCUCCCCAUGCCCACACCUCCCCAUACCUCCCCAUGCCCACACCUCCACCUGUCCACACCUCCCCAUGCCCACACCUCCACCUGUCCACACCUCCCCAUGCCCACACCUCCACCUGUCCACACCUCCCCAUGCCCACACCUCCCCAUGUCCACACCUCCCCAUGUCCACACCUCCCCUUGCCCACACCUCCCUAUGCCCACACCUCCACCUGUCCACACCGUUCUGA